AUGAUCCUGCUGCGCUGCCCGCUGCCACUCCUGCUGCUGCUGCUGCCACUCCACUCCAGGCCCCAGAAGUUGCCCACCAGGGAUGAGGAGCUCUUCCAGAUGCAGAUCCGGGACAAGGCGUUUUUCCACGACUCGUCAGUCAUCCCCGACGGAGCUGAAAUCAGCAGCUACCUCUUCCGAGACACCCCCAAAAGGUAUUUCUUCGUGGUUGAAGAGGAUAACACUCCCUUAGCAGUGACAGUGACACCGUGCGAUGCCCCUCUGGAGUGGAAACUGAGUGUGCAGGAGCUCCCAGAGGAAGCCAGUGGAGAAGGAUCAGGUGACCCAGAGCCCCUUGAGCAACAGAAACAGCAGAUUACCAACGAGGAAGGCACGGAGCUGUUCUCCUACAAAGGCAAUGACGUGGAGUACUUUGUGUCCUCUAGUUCCCCAUCCGGGUUGUACCAGCUGGAUCUGCUGUCGACAGAGAAGGACACCCAUUUUAAAGUGUAUGCAACCACGACUCCAGAGUCAGACCAGCCUUAUCCCGAGUUACCUUACGAUCCCAGAAUCGAUGUCACCUCUCUGGGACGUACAACGGUGACACUGGCAUGGAAACCGAGCCCCACUGCCUCCUUACUGAGACAGCCCAUCCAGUACUGCAUAGUCAUCAACAAAGAGCACAACUUCAAAAGCUUCUGUGCUGUUGAAGCCAAGCUCAGCUCUGAUGACGCCUUUAUGAUGGCUCCAAAGCCAGGUCUGGAUUUCAGUCCCUUUGACUUUGCCCAUUUUGGCUUCCCUGCAGACAACAACUCUGGCAAAGAACGUGGUUUCCUUAAACCGUCCAAGUUUGGGCGGCAAACAUCCCCAAAGCCGAGAGUUGACCUGCACAGAGUUUGUAUUGGGAACAAGAACAUCUUCACCGUGUCUGACCUGAAGCCAGACACACAGUACUACUUUGACAUGUUUGCAGUGAACACCAACACCAACAUGAGCACCGCCUAUGUUGGCACCUUUGCCAGGACCAAGGAGGAGGCGAAGCAGAAAACAGUGGAGCUGAAGGAUGGCAAAGUUACAGAUGUGUUCAUCAAAAGAAAGGGAACCAAAUUUCUGCGUUUUGCCCCUGUUUCAUCUCACCAAAAAGUCACCUUUUCCAUUCAUUCUUGCCUGGAUGCUGUUCAGAUCCAAGUUAGGAGGGAUGGAAAACUUCUCUUGUCUCAAAGCGUGGAGGGCGUGCGGCAGUUCCAGCUCCGGGGGAAAGCAAAAGCUAAAUACCUGAUUAGGCUGAAGGGCAGCAAGAGAGGUGCUUCCAUGCUGAAGGUCCUGGCUACAACGAGGCCCAACAAGCAGUCGUUCCCUUCCCUUCCCGAAGAUACGCGGAUCAAAGCCUUCGACAAGCUCCGCACGUGUUCCUCGGUCACGGUGGCGUGGCUGGGCACGCAGGAGAGGAACAAAUUCUGUAUCUACAAGAGGGAAGUGGAUGACAAUUACAACGAAGAACAGAAGAGAAGAGAGCAGAACCAGUGCCUGGGUCCAGACACGAGGAAGAAGUCGGAAAAGGUUCUCUGUAAAUACUUCCACAGCCAGAACAUCCAGAAAGCAGUGACCACAGAGACAAUCAGAGGCCUGCAGCCUGGCAAGUCCUACCUGCUGGAUGUUUAUGUGAUAGGGCACGGCGGGCACUCGGUGAAAUACCAGAGCAAACUGGUGAAAACAAGGAAGUUCUGUUAG